AUGCCCCCGCGACGCGCUCUUUCCUCGGACCACAGCCCUGCCACGGCUGCCCGAGCAGGCAAGAGCCACCCAGCGGCCAUCGCUGCCUCGUCCGCCUCCAUGUCUGCUUCAGGGUCGGCCACCGGCUCACCACCACCCCCUGCUGCCUCCAACUCACCACCGCCAACACAUGCCGCCAAGCGCCGCAAGAUUCGCAAGGGGACGCACAGCUGCUGGGCCUGCAAGCGCAAGAAGAUCCGCUGCACGUUCUCUGCCCUCGAUGGCACGCCUCUCGACCCAGACGAGAUUGGCGAUCCCGAGGCCUUGGCCGGUCUGGUCUGCGACGGGUGCCGCCGCCGGGGCACGCCAUGUGUGAGCCAAGACCUGCCGGAGGCCACGGCGCUGUCAGCAGCCGCCAACCACAGCCGCCAUGUCGAUGACCGGCUGGGGCGCAUGGAGGCGCUGGUGGAGAUGCUCGUGCAAAACCAGCGACAGCAGCAGCAGCAACAGCAGCAGCAACAGCAACAGCUCAGCCUCAACCAACAGCAAUACCAGGCCAUCAAAGACAGCACAGGCCGCGGUCCAACGCAUGGCACGCCGUCCACGUCCUCUACUAUGACCUCGGCGGGAUCCCCGACGUCCGAGCGGUCACGGCCCGUAGCAUCCCGGCGCGAUCGCCGACACGUGAACACAGGAGACGGCUCGGACGAAGAAGAAGGCGGGCCAGACGGCCUUGGACCACAUCGACACGAGCCGCCGGCUGCACAGCGCCACGAUCUCAAUGUGCGGCCCCCGGCGCCCGAGACGUUGGUCAGCCUCCGCGAAAGCUUCCUCGCCCUCAACCGCACGGGGACGACAACCCCAACGGAUGCCGACGAGCAGCGAACAGAGCCGACGACAUACACGACCUGGUUUGGCCACGAGCGGGGGGUAGGCAUGGGCGAGGAGGAGCAGCCUGGCACCAUGCUACCCAAGAUUGUUGGCCCGGCCACCCCGGCGUCCACCGCAAGCACAUCAGCAACGCGUGUCGGCAGUGGCAGCCAAGGCGGGGCCGCUGGUGGCUCCGACGCAGACGCAGCCGAUGGCGCAGAAGGCGACUCUUCCACCCAGCCGACCAACCGCCACAGCGUUGCCCACGCCGGCGACCGAGCUGGCCCGUCCCGACAACCCACAGCCGGCGCGCCUCUCCACAGCGGGUCGUCCAAUGCAGACGCGCCGCCCAAUGUCUCGAAACACAUCAUCCAGGCGGCCAGCUACAUGCACGAGGAGUACGUGCGCCGCUACAACACCCUGGCCGCCGCCUGGCCGUCGCCGGAGGAUCUCGACGUGAUCCUGGACGCCCUCGCCGCGCCAGUGCGCGCGGGGCUGCACAAGGUGCUCGUGUACACGCCCUUCUCCGCCGUGCUCGCCGCCCAGUCGCCGCCCCUCAGCCGCGACGCCGCCAGCACCGUCCUCGUCCUCCCGCCGCUGGGAUCACAUCUCGUGCUUGUCGCCCAGAAGCUGCUGAUGCUUGCCUCCUUCCUGCAGCACCUGCACCCCGAGUUUGAUCCGGCCCUGCGUCGGCUGAAAGUGCCCCAUCGCGAGCUCAUGCAGCGCGCCAUCUGCGCCACUAACACCGUCGUGACGGGCAACGACAGCCUGAUCGGCUCGCUCGAAGGCGUGCAGUGCCUCGUCAUGCAAGGCAUCAUCCAGUCUAACCAGGGCAACCUGCGCCGCGCCUGGCUGGCUUUCCGCCGCGCCAUGACCAUGGGCCAGCUGAUGGGCCUGCAGCGCGGCUUUCCCGCCGCCACCAUCAAGACCAUUGACGCCAGCACAAAUCUGCCCAUUGUGCCCCAGUGCCUGUGGUUCCGCAUCGUCUACGCCGACCGCUACCUCUCGCUGAUGCUGGGCCUGCCCCAAGGCGCCCCCGGCGACGCGGCCGUCCUGCACCCGUCCUACGGCAAAGGUGCCCUCAAGACCUUGUCCCCCGACGGCGCGCUCCAACAGCAAAUCGACAUCCUGCUGCCGCCCAUCCCCCGCAGUCUCGAGGGCGACGACGCUGGCGCCGCUGCGUACAUUUCGACGUACAAGGACCUGCGCCGCAUCGAAGAGGUCCAUGCCGUCAUUGUCGGCCGCAUCAUCGAACGCAACGAGGCCUGGCGCGGCGAAGACGACGACGAACGGGGCUGCGACGGCUACAGCGACGUCAACAAUGUGCUCUCCACGCAGUCCAUCGACCAGGCCCUACAGCGCGCCUCGCGCAGCAUGCCCGCGCGCUGGUGGGUGACCCCGCAGAUCGACGAGUGGGACGGUGACAGCACCGCCAUUUUCAUGCAGACCCAGCGCCUGGUUGACCAGCUGUUCCACUACCACCUGCUGACCCAGCUGCACCUGCCAUACAUGCUGCGCCGGGGCACGAAAACGUGCCAGGCGGCCGCGGCCUCCGUCGCAGAAGAAGUCGCUGCUGCCGCCGCCGAGGCUGCCAGCUCGUCUGCAACGGGGACCGUCCCCGAGGAGGCCGCCGCGGCGACCACCAUGGACCGCUCGACGGCACACCUGCUGCGGGGAGACGGGUCAAAGGUGCCCACAAGUCUGCCGCCGGACUUUUCGUUGCCAGGUAGCACCAUCACCAGCACCAGCAGCACCAGCAGCAACCCGGCUGCGACCGCCUCGACUACUACGUCGACGGCCUCGGCAGCCGCCGCCUCUGACCCCAACGGCACGUCCAGGACAGCUGGAACGGGUUGCAGCGCGGGCAGCGUCGACAAGUAUGCUUACAGCAAAAUCACCUGUGUCAGCGCCAGCCGCGAGGUCUUGACGCGCUUCCUGUCGCUGCGCAGCUUUCGGCAGGUCACCUUUUUCUGCCGCUGCAUUGACUUUUUCGCUCUGCUCGCCAGCAUGACCCUCUGUCUCGCCCAUCUCGACAGCCACCGCAACGAGCAGCAGCAGAACCAAAUGGUCGCCAACGACUUCUUGGCCCACCAGCGCCUCAGCGACCGCGGCAUGAUGGAGCGCGUGCUCGAGAGCAUGGACGAGAUGGUCCGUCUCAACGAGGACGACGCGCUGUCGGCCAAGAGCGCGGCCUUUUUGCGGCGCAUGCUCGACGUCGAGCGGGACGCCUCUCUGGCCGUGGCCGCGUCGCUGGGCUGCCAGGACGCACAGGAGACGCUGCGCACGCGGGCCAAACAGUCACCCGACGACCUCCGCGUGUGGGUGCCCUUCUUGGGCACCAUCCGCAUCAACAAGGAGGGCAUCCUGCGCGUCAACGGCAACGAUUGUCCGCUGGUCCUGUCGCCCGAAGCCAAGAACAACAACAUCCCGGGCGGUCGCGCCAACGGCACGACAAGGCCAGACGACGGCGUCACCUGUGUGAUUGGAGGUCCCAACGUGGAAAACCAGGCCAAGCACCGGCAACAAAUGCAGCAGGCGGAGCAAACGCAGAACGACAGGCAGCAAACGCAGCAGUUGCAACAAGAGCAGGAACGGCGGCAGCAGCAACAGCAGCAGCAGUUCCAGCAACAGUUCCAAAUGCAACAGCAGCAGCAGCAGCAGCAGCAGCAACAGCAGACACCCUAUCUCCAAAACGGCCCGCCUCUCAGCUCCAUAGAGUCCCUCCUACCCGCUAUGGGCGCCAACCCGUCCUUCAACAACGACCUCAUGGCCACCUACCCAACCUACGGCGCCGGCGAGACCCGCGUUGUCAACCCACUGACCGGGCUUGGCAUGGGCCCCAGCUGGUCGAGCGCUGGUGCCCUGAGCACGGCGAGCCCGUCGCUCAUGUUCUUGCCCAAUGGCGACCCCCAGGCCAGCAACCAAAUGUUCUACGCCAACGCAGCCGACGGCAACAGCGGCAACACGCCAGCGAUCGCCUCCAACACAACCGGUGGCGCCUUUAUGAUUCCUUCCAGCGUCGCAACCGACGACAGCGACACCCGCGUCGGCGGCUUCGCAGACGACUGGACCCUGCAGGGUGUGGACUUUGCCUUUUUCGAGAAUCUGCUAAUGCAUGGCGGGCUGGGAGACCUGUCCUCUGGCCAAACAACGGCCACCUAUGAUGGCGGCAACAACGUCGGCGGCAGCGGCAGCAGAAACAUGGACGCCAAUCCAAACGCCGCAAACGCCCUAGCCAGCGCGGCGGACAAAGACACCCCAAUGGCGGAUCGUGGCAUGACCACAACGAGCCGUUCGUCGACCACCAUGGCCAAGACGGCGGGACACAAGGCGUCGUCAGCAGUGGUCGCAGGUGGCCAAAACAGCGCCGAGAAUUCUGCCGGCGAUGAGGGCGACGAUGGCCACAACAUACCCAUCUCAACUGGCCAGCGAGAAGGCCGUCUAGGCGGCCACUGGGUGUGGCCGUAA